AUGUUAAAAAUGCAAAAGCUCAGGCCCUCGCGGGCCUCCGAGCAGCCCGCCUCAGAGGUGGCUCCUCAGUUCCUGAGGAGAGGUGCCCGGGCGGCGGGAGGGCGCACGGCCGCCCGCAGAGAGGGGAGCCGGGGGGCGCACGGACGCCCCGCUGGGCUCCUGCCGGGGCUUUGCCGAAAGUUUGCCAACACCAGCUCAGUAACUGUGCCAGAAACACUGUUGUUUGUUUCAACUCUUGAUGGAAGUUUGCAUGCUGUCAGCAAGAGGACCGGAGCAAUCAAGUGGACUUUAAAAGAAGAUCCUGUGCUCCAGGUGCCAAUACAUGUGGAAGAGCCAGCAUUUCUUCCAGACCCAAAUGAUGGCAGUUUGUAUACGCUUGGUGGCAAGAAUAGUGAAGGCUUGACUAAACUUCCAUUUACUAUCCCAGAGCUGGUGCAGGCAUCUCCCUGUCGCAGUUCAGAUGGGAUCCUGUACAUGGGUAAAAAGCAGGACAUUUGGUACGUGAUUGACCUCAUGACUGGGGAGAAACAGCAAACCUUGAGUUCCUCAUUUGCAGAAAGUCUUUGCCCAUCAGCAUCCCUCCUGUAUCUUGGGAGAACAGAGUACACGAUCACAAUGUAUGACACCAAGAAGAAGGAGCUGCGAUGGAACGCCACCUAUUUUGAUUAUGCAGCUACUCUGCCUGAUGAAGACAUAAAAUACAAAAUGUCCCACUUCGUGUCUAAUGGAGAUGGACUGGUGGUGACCGUAGACAGUGAGUCUGGGGAUGUACUGUGGAUUCAGAAUUACGCUUCUCCUGUGGUAGCUUUUUACAUCUGGCAACGUGAAGGAUUACGGAAGGUUAUGCACACUAACGUGGGGAUAGAAACUCUGAGAUACUUGACGUUCAUGUCUGGGGAGGUUGGACACAUUACCAAGUGGAAAUAUCCUUUCCCAAAGGAAACAGAGACCAAGAGCAAACUGACUUUGUAUGCAUCGCCAUCAAUGGUGCAUGAAGGAGUAACUGUUGUGCCCCGUGGCAGUGCCAUACCCUUACUAGAGGGUCCAAAAACAGAAGGAGUCACAAUUGAAGACAAUGGCGAGUGUGUUAUCACCCCCAGUACGGAUGUAAAGUUUUCAGGCAGACUGAAAGAAAAGAACAAACUCAACUAUUGGAACGACUGGCUGUUAAUAGGGCACCAUGAAACACCAUUAUCUGCCCCUACAAAGAUCCUGGAGAAAUUCCCAAGCAACUUACCUAAGAGGCCUGAAAACGUGAUUCCAGCUGACUCUGAUAAAGCCACUAUUGAAGAGGUUAUUGACAUCGUUGAAGGUUCCUCAACAGAAGUGCCUCCUUCUGUUCCAAAGGAUAUUGAGGAGAAGCCUGCUCGGCCUAUCCCUCGGCCAGAGGCUCCUGUGGACUCCAUGCUGAAAGACAUGGCCACCAUCAUUCUCAGCACCUUCCUGCUUGUGGGCUGGGUGGCUUUUAUCAUCACUUAUCCAAUGAGUGUACAUCAGCAGCAACAGAGGCAGCAUCAGCUGGAAGAGAAGAUACAGCUCUUGCAGCAACAGAAGCUGCCCUUUCGUGCUCCCGGUGACCUAGCCCCAGAAGCAGAUUUCUUGGACACCUCCUAUGGACGGACAGAGAGCUCAGCCACCAGCACACCAAAUAUGUCCCCCAGAGCAUCAAACCAUUCUGCGUAUUCCAACGUCUCCACAUCUGAUGUUGGGAGCUGCCUCUCCACGGAGCAAGAAGAGGGAGAUGAAGAUGCAAACAGAGUGAUGGUUGGCAAGAUUUCCUUUAACCCAAAAGAUGUGCUGGGACACGGAGCUGAAGGGACAAUUGUUUACAGGGGGACAUUUGAUAACCGUGACGUUGCAGUCAAAAGAAUUCUUCCCGAGUGCUUCAGCUUUGCAGACCGUGAAGUACAGUUGCUGCGAGAGUCAGAUGAGCAUCCUAAUGUGAUCCGCUAUUUCUGCACAGAGAAGGACCGGCAGUUUCAGUACAUAGCCAUUGAGCUGUGUGCUGCCACUUUACAGGAGUAUGUUGAGCAGAAGGCCUUCAGUCACCAUGGCUUACAACCCAUCACUCUCCUGCAACAGACGACAUCUGGUCUUGCUUACCUGCACUCCCUUAGCAUUGUCCACAGGGACCUGAAGCCCCAUAACAUCCUCAUCUCGAUGCCUAACGCCCAUGGGAAAGUCAAAGCUAUGAUUUCAGACUUCGGCCUGUGCAAGAAGCUGGCAGUGGGCAGGCACAGCUUUAGCCGUCGGUCGGGUGUGCCCGGCACCGAAGGGUGGAUUGCCCCAGAGAUGCUGAGUGAAGAUUGCAAAGAGAACCCUACGUAUACCGUGGACAUCUUUUCGGCUGGCUGUGUCUUUUAUUAUGUGGUAUCUGAAGGCAGCCAUCCCUUUGGCAAAUCUCUGCAGCGGCAAGCCAACAUUCUGCUGGGUGCAUACAGCCUGGAGUCUUUAAACGCAGGGAGGCACGAAGACAUAGUUGCUCGUGAUUUAAUAGAGCAAAUGAUAAACAUGGACCCUCAGAAACGUCCGUCUGCCAGCUGUGUGCUAAAACACCCAUUUUUUUGGAGUUUAGAAAAACAGCUCCAGUUUUUUCAGGAUGUUAGUGACCGGAUAGAGAAAGAAUCUUUAGAUGGUCCAAUAGUCAAGCAGCUAGAAAGAGGCGGAAGAGAGGUGGUGAAAAUGGACUGGAGAGAGCACAUCACUGUUCCUCUUCAGACAGAUCUUCGAAAAUUCAGAUCCUAUAAAGGAGGCUCAGUACGGGAUCUUCUGAGAGCAAUGAGAAAUAAGAAGCACCAUUACAGAGAACUGCCUCCCGAAGUGCAGGAGACCCUGGGCUCCAUCCCGGAUGAUUUUGUGUGUUACUUUACAGCUCGUUUCCCUCACCUGCUCCUGCAUACCUACAAUGCUAUGCACAUCUGCUGCCAAGAAAGACUGUUUCAGCAUUACUAUAAUCAGGACUCUGCGGAGCUGAGCCUUGCAGGAGACACGGUUUGAGAGGAGAGGGGUGGAGCUUUCUUCUCUGGGACCAACAUUCCAAGCACAGGGCUGUGAAACAGGCCUACCUUUAGCAGGGAAAAGUGGGAUCAAAGAGCUGAAUUCUCUCUCUUUGAAGAAACCAAGCUUCCAAAAAGUGCCUUGUACCGCUGCCUGCGCUGGAUGAGGAGAUGGUGGGAGCCCAAGGAGCAAGGGGGAACUUCAGAAAAGCAAUGAACCCUGGAGUUAUUCCAAGGCAGUUUUCAAGACAGUGAAACUGGAGAGCAAAAGCUGGCCAUAACCGUCACCCAAUAUGCCUGUACUGUACGUGAUUUUAUAACUGAUGUGUUUUACUACAAAGAAUCAAAAUGCAGUGAUUGAAAUCGUAUAAUUACUAGGGCCUGGGAUCUGCAAAAGGAGCCUUUUAGUUGUAGCAAAUCAUCAGAACCUGCCAUUGCACUACUGCCACGUUACGCGUUAGGCACGUCACAGGGACUGUCAAGGGAAUCCUUUAUGAUUAUCCAACAAACAAUUUCUGUCUAAUCGGUACUGCCCUGGAAAAUUAUUCCCUCAUACCUGAGCAGAUACAAUGAAGUUCUAAGGAAAACUGACUUGAAAAAAUCAGUUUGAGGUUUAUCUACUUUGAAAAUAAGCCUCGUUGUUUAAGUAUCAACCAGUAUUGACAGAAGAGCUUGAACGGCCUGGAACCACAGCAUCAGAAGAGCUCUACACAAGUCACUUCAGAGAAAGCCACUGCUGGCAGCUGGGAGCUGCUGGGCAGAGGCUCAUCCGCCUACUGCAAGUGUUCCUUACCUUCUUACGCAGAAGGGUCGCCAGUUGCAGCGCCAGAGGUAAGCGGAGUCCUGGGAAAAAGGAGCUGAAUAGGAAACGAGGAGAGCUGUACGGAACGGUGAAGUGAGAGGCGGAGUUUGUAAUGGGGGGCUACAGCUGUACGAGAACCCCCUUUCCUGUUUGUAGGGGUUGCUGAUCAAUUCCAUCCACGUGAGCCUGUUCUUAAAGAUGCAGUAUUUCUUUUCAUUGGCCCUAAAGCUGUGACAAAGCAUUAAGUGUGUGCGAAGGAUGAAGAAAUGCUGAAUUACGAUACAAGUGGAGUGUUCUUUUACAAUAUAUUUAUUAAACAUAUUUAUAUUUAUUUAAUUUUUACUACAAAGUGGUAUCAAGUCCAAGUGGUACAAGUAUAAAGCAUGCCAAAUCAUUCUUAAUUGGUUUUGUGUUUAUAUUUGAUCGUAUAACAACUGGAAGAGGAAAGCGAUACUGCAUCUUUCAAUGGAAUUCAUUAAAGGAGAGAUUACAAAGUGGGAAUUUGGAUGCCAUUGUGUCUUAAACUAAUAAAUUAUUGACGGCAAUGUGUAUGAUUGGGUAUGUACAGCUACUUUUCUGGAGCUACUUUAUGGGAAGUUUUUUUCCCUGGUUUUACAAUGUAUGAGAGCAAUUUACCUAAGAUGCCAACUGUGCAAGUUACGUGUUUCUAAAGC